AUGAGUGGUGCACCGGAAAGCCAACAGGAGCUGAAGGUUGGGCUUGGUGCUCAGAAGGUCGGCUCCACUCUCAGCCUCGUGCGAGAAGGUCACUCAGUCGGCCGGAACGAUGCCAACUUGGACCGAAUUGUCACCAAAUUAGCUGAUCCAUCAUCCGAGCCGGCGGUUUUGUCACUCAUCAGACAUAAUCUUUCCGACGACCUGAGUCGUCGAGAAGAAGCAAACCAUCGUCACUGA